AAUUUUCUCAGCAGCCAUGAAAACCCACUCUGCUUCUCUAGUUUUCGUCUCAGUUCUUCUCUUUCUCUUCCAAUCCUAACAACCCAUGCCGAAGCUGAGGUUAUAACCCUAACCGCCGACACCUUCUCGGACAAGGUGAAGGAGAGAGACACGGCAUGGUUUGUGAAAUUCUGUGUACCGUGGUGUAAACAUUGUAAGAACAUGGGUACGUUGUGGGAGGACCUUGGGAAGACAGUGGAAGGCGAAGACGAAAUAGAGGUUGGGGAAGUUGAUUGCAGUACGAGUAAACCCGUAUGUUCCAAAGUUGACAUUCAUUCAUAUCCUACGUUUAAAGUAUUCUAUGAUGGUGAAGAAGUCGCAAAAUAUCAAGGGCCGAGGGAUGUUGACUCACUUAAAAACUUUGUCUUAGAAGAAGCCGAAAAGGCAGCAACAAGGGCACAGCUUGACAAUGAUAAAGAGUUGUAGUGAACUGUCGGAUGUGACUUGCGUGUUGAACCCGCAUUAGCACACAUGGUGACAGACGCCCAGUAUAUGCUUCUAUGGACAUCAGCUCAGCUUCAGCUUCAGCAGUUGGGUUCGGGCACAACAAUUUUGACUCGGGAUCGCGACUCCAGUGGGGCAAAUACCAACUACAACUCAUACAUGGGCAACAGCAGCUUGUAUUCAUGAAUGAAUUUAAAAACUCGGUAAUUUUCACAUGAUAUUUAGUUUGGAUGUUCGUUUGGUAGGUGUAAUUGUCCAAGUUUUAAGUUAUUGCAGGUUUAAUUUCAUCACGAAUAGUUCGUGUUUGGAUUUAUAAGUUGUUUUCAGACAUGACAAACGAGUUUAUACUGGAGAUUGGAGAUCUAUUAUUAUUUAGUAUCA